UUAAAGAGGAGGUCGUGUCCAAAACUGUCCAGACGCCGGUAAUACUCCCAGUCCGUUUGUUUAACAGAUCCACUCAGUUUGAUGUCUUCUGUUUGACACCAAAGAGGAAGCGAUGCAUAGAAAAGUUCCUGGAUUAACGCAGAAUUAGCACAAAGCAGAGACGCCACCUCAGCCCAACAUUGCAAACUGACUGAGCUAGCGGAGAGAGGAAACGAUUGAGGAAGAAGCUGUGUGCGCCAGAAACCGAGACACAUACCCCAGCAGCUCAGGACAAGUCCCAGAGAGACAGGCCAGGACGGGCAUCCUUCCGGAGAGGGGACCCACGCCGAAGAGAGAUUCUGAAGCAUGGCGGAAAAACAGUUUUCUAAUAUAUUGAAUGGAGCAGUUCCAGGAGAGCCAGUAAAGAAAGAUGAAAACUCCAGGAGAGGAAACUGGGGCAACCAGAUUGAGUUUGUCCUGACAAGUGUUGGUUAUGCAGUGGGGCUGGGAAAUGUCUGGAGGUUCCCUUACCUCUGCUACAGGAAUGGAGGAGGUGCCUUCAUGUUCCCAUACUUCAUCAUGCUGGUGUUUUGUGGCAUCCCUCUAUUCUUCCUGGAGCUCUCCUUUGGCCAGUUCACCUCUCUCGGGUGCCUGGGUGUCUGGAAGGUCAGCCCUAUGUUUAAAGGUGUGGGCUAUGGAAUGAUGGUAGUCUCCACCUACAUUGGCAUCUACUACAAUGUGGUGAUUUGCAUUGCAUUUUAUUACUUCUUCAUGUCCAUGACAAAUCUGUUGCCCUGGACGUACUGUAACAACCCCUGGAACACCCCUGACUGCAGCGGAGUGGUGAGCACUGCUCGUGCCAAUGCCACCUUCGCCAACAUGUCUGCUGUUGUGUCUGGGGUGACUGAGAUAGUCAACCGCACCAAGAGGACCAGUCCCAGUGAAGAGUACUGGAGGAACUAUGUGCUAAAUAUCUCUGACGGCAUUGGGAAUUUUGGUGAGGUGCGUCUGCCUAUCCUGGGCUGUCUGGCUGUGUCCUGGUUUGUUGUGUUCCUCUGUCUUAUUCGGGGAGUCAAGUCAUCAGGCAAGGUGGUGUAUUUCACGGCGACCUUCCCUUAUGUGGUGCUGACGAUUCUCUUCAUCAGAGGAAUCACUCUGGACGGAGCCAUCAGUGGUAUUAAAUACUACUUGACCCCACAGUGGCAGAAAAUUCUAGACGCAAAGGUAUGGGGGGACGCUGCCUCUCAGAUUUUCUAUUCGCUGGGCUGUGCCUGGGGGGGCCUUAUCACCAUGGCAUCAUAUAACAAGUUCCACAAUAACUGUUUUAGGGACAGUAUCAUCAUCAGUGUAACCAAUUGUGGCACCAGUGUGUACGCUGGCUUUGUUAUUUUUUCAAUCCUGGGAUUCAUGGCUCAUCAUUUGGGGGUGGACGUGUCAGAAGUGGCUGAUCAUGGUCCAGGGCUGGCAUUUGUGGCCUACCCAGAGGCCCUGACACUGCUGCCCAUCUCACCACUCUGGUCCCUGCUCUUCUUCUUCAUGCUCAUCCUAUUGGGUUUGGGCACUCAGUUCUGCCUGUUGGAGACUCUGGUGACGGCUGUAGUAGAUGAGAUUGGAACUGACUGGAUUAUCAAAAAUAAGACUUAUGUCACACUGGGAGUUGCUGUAAUAGGUUUCCUUCUUGGAGUGCCACUCACUACACAGGCAGGAAUUUACUGGUUGCUGCUCAUGGACAACUACGCCGCCAGUUUCUCUCUGGUCAUCAUCUCUUGCAUUAUGUGCAUUUGUAUAAUGUAUGUCUAUGGUCACAAGAACUACUUUAAAGAUGUGGAGAUGAUGCUGGGCUUCCCUCCCCCAAUCUUCUUCAGGAUCUGCUGGAGAUAUGUGUCUCCUUUCAUUAUUACUUUCAUUCUGAUAUUUACAGUGAUACAGUAUAAGCCUAUUACCUACAAUGACUACGUCUACCCCGGUUGGUCAUUGGUCAUUGGGUUUGCCAUGGCUUUGUCUUCUGUUAUCUGUAUACCUAUAUAUGCUCUGUUCAAGAUUGCCAUGUCUGAAGGAUCCACCUUUUUGGAGCGUUUGAAGAACUCUGUGAAGCCUGACCCGGACUGGGGCCCGGCUCUCCAGGAGCACCGCAAGGGUCGAUACGCCACCGCAGGCCCCGAGUCUGUAGAGGUGUCUCCUCUCAAAGAAGAUCUGAAGGACGAGGGCAAAGACAAACUCACGGAGAAGGAGAAAGAGACAGAGAAAAAGGACGAGAUUGGUCUGACCAUCCCAGGAAGCAAUGGCUCGACAUUGAACCCCACACCCAGCGCAUAGAGGACCCCCGCCCACCCUCCCCAGGACGGUUCCCAUUCCCACACUGCGGGACAGGAGACCUUUACAUAUUGUAAGGGCUUUAUGAAAUCUAACCUCUAGAGAAAUCGGUUGCCAUUCAAAACCUAUUUCUUUUUUUUCUGUUGUUCACAUAAUUUAAUACAGCCGUUUGUUUGUUUUUAAAGAAACAAAAGACAUGUUCAUAUCCAGGAGGUGUUCGCAUACACGCAGUGUGUAUAUAGCGCAUUGUACAAUAUUUUCACUCUGUGUUGAGUAGUCUGGAGAUGUGACUGUAGCGGCAGCAGGAGCUACAGUGAGAUUUGGCUUGUGUGUGAGAGUGAGUGUGUGUGUGCGCGUGUAGUGGCGGCAGUGCUGGUCAGGUUUAAAAGCUGAAGACCAAAUAUUCUUUGUGGCAAUGUUGCAAUGGCACUGUUAAGGGGAGUCUUAUUUUCAGUUUCCAUUUCUGUUUAUGUUCUCAUCGCCCUCCUUUCAUUCACAAGAGUUGUCAUUGGCAUAUAAUGACAGUGAAUGCACCAUAUUAACUCAGAUGUCUACUGUCUAUUGACUAGACUAUUCAUACAUGUUGGAGUUAAUGCUCUGGCUGAUACACACACAAAAAAACAACAGGCCAACAGAAUAUCAACUCUUAUUUCCCUUGAAGUGAGGGCACAUCUGCAAAAACAACAAAGGAUAUUUGGUCUUGAGCUCUUACUGACUUGAGGUAUCUGGACCGAGGCAUAUAACUUCUCAAGCCCAUUCUCAGGGUUACACACAAUUUGCUUUUAUAUAUGCGAAUCGUUUUCCAACACCUUGAGAUGAGUUAUUGCUGAUGUUGAGCGUUAGAGGCGAAGGCGAGAGGUUUUCAUGUAGGAACUUCCACGUGAAAUGCCAAAUCUGUCUAGUCUUCCUGGCAAUCCGGAGCCGAGGGGAGCAUGUGUGCGAUAACUAAAGCAGCUAGUUUUCAUUAGACGCAGUACUGUAGUAUGCACACUAACCCCGCUCUAAAAAGAGGCAUGUUACCAAAAACAUGUGCACAGACCUUUGUAUUCUGAUGAUUUUAGUUGGUUUGUUUGUGUUUGUGUGUACAUUAUUUUGUCGUCUACUUGCGUUACGAGACUUGAAAUGGUGUGUAUGUGUCAUUUAAAGGCAUCUGGCUGUGCUGAGCCAAGCGGUCGCAAGAUUGAACACUGAACUAUAGAUAAGUUUGCGUGCAGAAGGACUGGACGAAAAACGUAGCAUCGGUCAAAAUCAUCAGUGUGUAAUUGCUGGUUAGCUUUUGUGAGUAACAGAGUUGGAAACGUCAAACUGUCUGAUUGUUACAGCUGAAAACACAGCUAUUAGGUGUGUUUUGUUUUGGUUUUAUAGCCAAUAAGGAAGGGACAUACUGGUGUCGAGAGUUCGGUCAUAUUUUUGGUAUGGCUAGAUGCCGCAUAUCAUAUCAUUCCAGUGAUGUUUCAAUAGGGCCCCUACUUACGAUGCAUAACGGUUGCAGUGGCACAUAUACAUGGAUAUAGAGUCCUGGUUACACUGUGAAUUGUCUGGGAAGUUGCCUGACAUCUUUUAACAGGGAAGUCUGGCAACGUAGCUGCUAAUAUGCUGAUGCACCAUGUAGAGACUUCUGAUUAAACAGUAAAUCGCUGUAUAUAGUCAAAGUAGUUAUUACUCUCCUGCCUUGUGCGAGGAGAAAUGCAAUACACAUGACAUGCUCUGUUAUUUUGAGUCUGAACGGGAUGCAUACAAGUUAAAUAAUGUACAUUUUCAACUUUCAAGUUAGCUUUAUUUUUUAUGAAGCUCAAACAAAUGUUUCAAUCUGAUUAAUGUGGCUUUUACUACAGGGCCGCUUGAUUCUUAUUGGUUAAUGAAUAUUCUAUUGUGUGCAGAUAUUUGUGAGGAAACACACAGAUGAAUUAGUUCCAGGCAAGUUUAGACUGCAGAUCACUUCAGAUCACUUCAACAAAUGAUUUUUGUUAAACAACAAAACUAAAACCAGUAAAGAGACAGAUUCAAUUUGUUUUACCCACAAAACUGCACGGCAAGAAUUGUUUUUCCCUCACUAAAUGUCUAAUAGACAUCUAAAAUGGUAGAUGGUGUGGCUAAAACAAGGCCAUAUUCGGGUUGUCAAAAUUUAACAGAUGUCUAACAAAUCACAAGUCAUCUUGCUUUUCAAAACUUAACCUCAAAACUUAUGACUUGGUAAAUGGCUGCAGUCAGUGCAAGACUGAUCAAUUGACAAAUCUUUUGUACAUAUUGAUACUUGGUGCCAGAGUAUUGAUAUUGUAUUGCGGCCGGAAAUUUCAUGAUAAAUCGAUAUUUUGUACCACCCCUAGUAUUUAUACAAAUUACAUAUGCAUUUAUAAGAAUUAGCCACUUUCUGACAAUACGUAAAAUAGCUUCCUCGUGAGAUCGAGUUGAAAUAAUUGCACACCAUAUGUCGAGUUCAGACUGCAUGAUUUUUAGCCCCGAUUUUGACUCGCCAACAGGUUUGGGAAAUCGCAGACAAAUGCCUGAAAUCACAAGUAAAUCAGUGCUCAUUCAAGUGAGUAACAAUCACACAGUGUGAACUAUCAAAGAGGCGAUCUGAGAGCAUCGCCGAUGAGUUGCUGACAGAUAUUUGGCAUG